UCGUCAUUGGCGACACUACCUAUUUCACCGGGAGUUUAUUUUGUACACAAAUCAUGAGGUACUGCGUCAUUUGGCAUCUCAAGAUAAUAUAUCCGCUCGUCAUGCCUCGUGGACUGCUUUCCUGCAGCAGUUUACAUUCGUGCUUCGUCACCGCUCUGGAGUGUCAAACAGGGUUGUAGAAGCUUUGAGUCGGCGAGCCCUAUUGCUUUCAGAUAUGAGCGUGUCGGUUCUCAGUUUUGACACCUUACGCGAGCACUAUGCAGACGAUGCCAUUUUUGGCCCUAUUGUCCAAUGCCUCGCGCACGGCUCGUUUGAUGAUUAUGUCCUCUCGGAUGGGUUUCUUUUUCGAGAAACCCGCCUCUGUAUCCCGGAUGGAAGCUUGCGUCACAAGCUUGUGGCCGAGCUACACGGCGACGGGCAUGUGAGCCGGGAUCGCUCAGUGGAUUUGGUGAGUCGACACUACUAUUGGCCUUCCCUUCGUCGUGAUGCGGCCCGUUAUGUGGAACGAUGUCGGUUUUGUCAUGUUUCGAAGGGUGUUGUUUCGAAUGUCGGGCUUUAUCGACCCAUUCCUAUUCCUUUCCAGCCUUGGUGUGCAGUUAGUAUGGAUUUUGUCUUGGGGUUGCCACAAACUCAACGUGGCUUUGACUCUAUCUUUGUGCUUGUCGAUCGGUUCUCGAAGAUGGUGCACUUUGUGUCGUGUAAGCGCACUACGGAUGCGGUGCAUGUCGCUCAACU